AGUUAAUGUAAAACUAACAAGUUAAUGAAAAAAUGAAUUUUAUAGAAUAUGUAAGAUGGGUAUUCAUGGAAAAUUAAAAUUCAAGUAGAUAAGUGGAAGAAAUUGAAAAAUUGGAUGUAUCUUUAGCUAGUCUUCAAUAAUUAGAUGGAGAUGACAUGGGUAAAAUUCAUUGGAUGUUUAGAAGAUGUCAAUCAUAAGAGAUGCUAGAUUUAUAGACUAAAUUUUUUUUAGAAAAUCACUUCAUACUUAAUCACAUUUUCUUUUUUCUAUUAACAAUUAUACAUAAUACUUAAGCGACUUUAGAAUAAAUAUCAAGAUUAAUGAAAUCAAUAGGGAUAAUUUAAGAAGAAUAUGAAUUAAAACUUUAUCAUAUUGAGAAUGAUGAAUUAUUAAAAUUAUCAUUUGAAAAAAUAAAGAUAUAAACAAUUGAUAGCAUAAAUUAAUAAGAUUUUUAAAAGUUAUUUUAGGUUAUUACUAUAAUCAAGGAAAUAUCUAAAGUGUAAUUUUAAGAAUUAAAAGAACUAAAUAAAGAAUUAGAUAAUGAAAACUUUAAUCUAUUUUCAAUUGUGUAAAAUCUUCCAGCUAUCAUGCUAGAGAUUAAUAGCUUUUAAGAAAAAGAAUUUGAAGAAUAAAUAAAAAAAUAACAAUUACAAGAAAAAAAUAAAUAAAAAGAUAGGUAAAGAAAAUCUUAAAAACGAUAAAAAGAGAAUGAAAAAGUAUAACCUUAAUAAGUAAAAUAAGAGACCAUUAGGAUGAGUAAAGUAAUACAUCAUUUAAAAGAUAAAGAUUAACAAAAUCAAAUAUUGUUAUUUGAUGGAACUAUGUAAGAUAUAAAUAUAAAUUCAUAGAAUAAGUGGUAAAAUUUGGAUUCCAAACUAAGAUAUAUAUAGUAUUCCACUUUCAAUUAGCAUUUAAAAUUAAGUGAAAUAUUUUAAUAUCCGUAUGACACAUUUAAAUGAGGGAUUAAAAAUCGAUAAUUAUACUAUAUUAUAAUAUUAAGGUCCACUUAAUAAUUAAUUUAAUCCUAAUGUUAGUAAAGAUCAAUAUUAUGAAAAUGUUGAUGGAAUAUUAACUUAUUACAAUGAUGCUGAUAGUUUUUAGUAUAAAGGAUGUUUUUAAGAUGGAUUAUUUGAUGGUAUAGGAAGAAUGUACAAAUGGGGUUCUUUAUAAUAUAUUGGAGAUUUUAGAGCAGGAAUAAAACAUGGAUUUGGAAAAGAAUGUUUUCAAAAUGAAGUAUUUUUGCAUGGGAAAUUUGAAAACAAUAAGAAAAAUGGAAUAUUUACAUUUUAUAAAUGUAAUGAUUAUUCAACUAGAGAUAAAGUAUGGGAGUAACUAAAAAAUUAACCAUAAAAAAUGUAUUAUUAAGGAAAUGAAGUACAAUAUAUAUAUUAAGCAAAUGAUUUUAAUUCUUAACAACAAAAAUCAUUAAUUGCUCCAAGUCGUUUGAUCAUAAAUUAUGGAGAUUAUGGAAUUAAUAAUUAUUAACUUAAAUCUCUUUAACCUGGAAGAUGGCUUAAUUCAGCUAUCAUUGAUAUUGUUAUUAAAUCGAUUUAGACUUAAAGAUUUCUAAUCAAUCAAAAUUAUUAAAAUAAUACAAUCUUUGUUAACUGUGCACAAUUUUAAGAUAUUUUUGGUAGUCUAAUAACAAAGGAUCAACCUAUUGAAACUGAGUAAAUAAUAUAUAUUAUUCUAGAGUUUUUAAAAAAAUUAUCGAUUAACAUAACAUGUAAAAACCACUUAGAUUUGUUUUUUAUUUUAAUUUGGAUAGAAGUCACUUUUUAUCAGUAGUUUAUGAAGAUGAAAAAUUGUAUUUGUUAGAUUCAUUGAAUAAUCGAAAUCCUGACUUAUUACAUUAAAUAAAGAAAUUAUUAUAAAUUUUUGAAUUUAAUGUAAUAGGUGAUUGGUAAGACUUUUUUAUAAGUUAAUAAAAAAACUCAUAUGAUUGUGGUGUUUAUACUAUCAAUUAUUUGUGUUAAAUCAUCAAAAAUAUUCAAUUGAGUAUUCCUGAAAUGAUUAAAAAAAAUUGUUUUAGAAUUGAACAAUCCAAAAUUAAUUAUAUAAGGUAUCUAAUUGAAAAGAAUUUCUUACAAUUAGGCAUUGAGCUCUUAUAAAUAUGA